AUGUCUCAGGACACAGCCAACAGUCCCUCUACACCACGCAAUCCAUACGAUUCGAACAAUCAGAACAUUUCGAGGCAUGGUCCGAAUCUGAACGGCAUGCACCUUGUCGCCCUCCACCACAUCCAACGGGGACACAAGUCCGCAAAAAAGACUCGGUGGAAGACUGGCGUCAAUCUCUAG